UCCUUGUGGGCUAGAUGCUGAAAUACUAUGUGAUAAAGAUUUUAGGUUUCAGUUGUAAAGAGAAGGAAGUGGAUAAAUCAGUGCUGCCUUCUUUACCAGCAAUGACAAAAGAGAUAGAGAAUCUGAGGCUCUGCCCUCAUGAACCAGAGGAUGCUGACUGCAGUUCAGAAUCCGUGAAAUUUGACGCACAUUCAAUGACAGCAUCGCUUCCUCAAAGCACUAAAAAUGGCCCCUCCCUUCAGGAGAAGUUGAAGUCCUUCAAGGCUGCCCUCAUUGCUCUCUACCUCCUUGUGUUUGCAGUACUAAUACCUGUUGUUGGAAUAGUGACAGCUCAGUUUGUGAAUUGGGAAAUGAAGAACUGCUUAGUUUGUUCACUUAACACAAGUGAUGCAUCUCAAAGUCCUGUGGAAAAAGAAAACACCAGUAAAGUGGAAAUGAGAUUUACAAUUAUCAUGGAACACAUGAAGGACAUGGAGGAGAGAAUCCAAAGCAUUUCAAACUCAAAAGCUGACCUUAAAGACCCGGAAAGCUUCCAGAAUUUCAGCAUGGCAAACGACCAGAGACUUAAUGAUAUUCUUCUGCAGUUAAAUUCCUUGAUUUCGUCAGUCCAGGAACAUGGGAAUUCACUGGAUGCAAUCUCCAAGUCCUUGCAGAGUCUGAAUAUGACACUGCUUGAUGUUCAGCUCCAUACAGAAACACUCAACUUCAGAGUCCGCGAAUCUACAGCAAAGCAACAGGAGGACAUCAGUAAAUUGGAGGAACGUGUGUACAAAGUAUCAGCAGAAGUCCAGUCUGUGAAAGAAGAACAAGCGCACGUGGAACAGGAAGUAAAAGAGGAAGUGAAAGUAUUGAACAACAUCACCAACGACCUCAGGCUGAAGGACUGGGAACACUCACAGACACUGAAAAACAUCACCUUAAUUCAAGGGCCUCCUGGACCCCGAGGUGAAAAGGGAGACAGAGGGCUUACUGGAGUACCUGGUCCACCUGGCGCUCCAGGCAUAAGAGGUAUUCCAGGUGUUAAAGGUGAUCGGGGACCAGCUGGCUUCUCUGGAGGGCGAGGAAACACAGGACCACCAGGGAAGCCAGGGAGGUCAGGACCUGCUGGACCUAAAGGACAAAAGGGAGAAAAGGGGAGUGUAGGCACAACCUCCCCUAGGACAGUUCGACUGGUUGGUGGUAGUGGAGCCCAUGAGGGCCGAGUGGAGAUCUUCCACCAAGGCCAGUGGGGCACAAUCUGUGAUGAUCGCUGGGAUAUACGAGCUGGACAAGUUGUCUGCCGGAGUCUAGGAUACCAAGAUGUUCUAGCUGUGUACAAGAGAGCUCACUUUGGACAAGGUACUGGUCCAAUAUGGCUGAAUGAAGUGAUGUGUUUUGGGAGAGAAUCAUCUAUUGAGAACUGUAAAAUCAGCCAGUGGGGAGUAUUAAGCUGUUCACAUUCAGAAGAUGCUGGAGUCACUUGUACUUCAUAAUGUAUCACAUUUUCAAUGGCAUUUAUGAAAUUGCUAUUACAAAACCAUUUUUUGUUGUUCUGCUCCACUAAAAUCAUUUUAAUGAAUAUUAAAUGGAUUCACAAUAUUGGUAAAAGAAAGGGAAUAUUAGAAAUGAGUGGGAAUAAGUCUUAAACACAUCAAACUUUAUGUCUAUAGGUAAGGGAUUCAAAUUUCUUGCAAAAGUUAAUGUUGAUUGUCAAAUUGACAGAAUUUACAAAUGCCUAGGAAGACAAAAAUAUGUUUAUUUAUAGGAGGACAUUUCCAGCGAGGUUUAUCAGAGGUAGAAUCAUUGGAAGCAUCAUUCUAUGGGCACAGGAUGCAGACAGAAAUAAAAAGGAGAAAGAGAGUGGGGCACCAUAAUUCAUCCCUCUCUGCUUCCUGACUGUGAACACACUGCCAUUAUCUCCAUCAUGCUUCUGUCACCAGGAUGGACCACUCGAAUCCAUGAAUCAAAAUAAGCCCUGCCUUCUCAAGUUUCAUUUAGGGCAUUGACGGUAAAAGCUAACAGAAAAAAAAAAGUUUUGUUUUAUUUUGUUUUGUUUUACCACAAGUGGGGUUGUGACUAUCAUAAACUUGAGGACAAUUUGUUAAAUUGUUGAAUUAAUUUGCUGGAAGAAUAGAGAAAAAAAAUCUGAGCCAUAGAUUGUAGGCGAUCUAGAAUGGCAUCAGCAGAGCUUAAUAGGAUAUUCUGAUAGAAAUUUGGAUUUUUAGAUUGGCAAGUAAAGAGAUAAAUGGGUAAAUAAAUAAAAUGAAAACACUAAAGGUCAGUUUCCAGAGGCUUCAGGGUGAAAUAAGAAUUGUAUCAAGAACUGAAAAAAGGUAUUCACGUCACAUGCUGGCACUCUGUCACGUCAUUCUGACUUCAUGCUAUUUGUAUUCUGAGACUUGCAGUAAGACCUUGAGACAAACUUCUUUAAUGUUAAAACUUCAAGAUAUAAUAGAAUCGGGCUGUGGCACUGUUACAAGUCUCUGUUCUUACUCAUAUCUGCAGUGGCAAAGAGCAGUGAGAAAGGCGGAGGAUAUAUCAACUCUGCUGUUCUAGAAAGAAAUAAGCAAAGCUGGUUUAAAGUUGUUGACAAAGAGGACAAAGUUGUGAUUGUUAGAGAGAUUAGAAAAAUUAAUGAGAAAACUCGCCCUUUGCAGAAGGGUCUCGGUGGCAAAACCAUUGAAAGGCUCCAAUGUAUACAAAAUGCAAAUUUAUCUGAAAGGACAAAAGUUAAACUGAAAAUCUGUUCAAGGGUUCCCUGCUAGAAAACAAUUGCCCAGACACCUUUAUAGCUGUGCUAGAAAAAUACCAGACUAUAUUUCAGGAUAGUAGCAGAACUUAUAAACCUAAUCCACAUGGUAUAAAAUAAAAGAGGGAUGGAUUCACAAAGAUUUAUAAUAGAUGCCAGAAAGAUACUGAGGUCAGGAAAUGUGUUUCAGAGUCGGUUUCCCUAUAAAGAAUUCCCUAGAGGACACUGUAUGAAGCUAUAAAGGUGAAACCUAAGUUGAAGUAGGGUUGCAGGAACUGAGAAAUAUCCCCUGAGACUAGUUUCACAUAGAGAGUGGAACUUGUUCAAGAGGAAGUUGAAGUGUUCUGAGAUAGCACAAAUAGAUUUUCUAGGUGUCUCAGUAUUGUAAGAGCUCAAAGGAUUCCUUCAGGAACCCAUGUGCCCAACACCAGAUUAUACGUUUUCAGUAUUUCUCUAAUUUUUUUCUUUCCUUGCUAUGCUUCGGUUUGUCCCUUUUGGACUGGGAAUGUUUAUUCUGUAGGACUAUGUAUUGAAAGUAUGUAACAUGUAGGUUUUAAAAAAAAUAGACAUUCACAGUUAAGAGAUUGUCUGAUUCUCAGAAGGGAUUCUGAACUACUAUUUUGAACAAUUUUGAAAUUCUUAUGACUUUAGGGAAUCUCUGAAGACACACUAAAUGUAUUUUACAUUAUGAGAUUAAUGUGAGACUUUAGGGACCAGGGGUGGAACAUUAGAGAUUUUAAUGAUGUGUUUGGGUGUUAACUUGACAAGACUGGAUAUGUGAUGGUUAACAUGACUAGUAAAGUUAUUGGGAUUUAGAAAAUCUAGGAUAUGCACUUCUAGCCAUCUACUUGAGAACAUUUCCAAAGAGACUUAACUGAGAAGGCAAGACCUAAAUUUGGUGACUCCACCUUACUGUUUGAACUUUCAGCACCAAAUGAAACUGGAAAAGAAGGUAGACAACCAAUGUGCAUUUCUUUGCUUCCCUAUGUUACCUAUGGGCUCAUGCUCCUGCCAUCUUGCCUCCCCUGCAGUGAUGAACUAUAACCCAAAUCAUGUGCCAGAAGAAACCCACCAUUCCUUAAGUUGAACUUUUCAAUUGUCUUGGACAAGAAUGAGAAAAGUAAGGAAGACACUCUCUGAGCUUUCAAGUGGAAAUUUAAAAAUAAUGAUGCGUGAAGAGAAUACUUUUAAAUUUGAAAUUUCUACAAAUGAGAAGAGAGUAGAGAAGAUAGAAGUUCUCUCAUACUAGGAACACAGGAAGAGUUUUCUGGAUUUUGAAACUUAAAUACAAUAGAUAGAGACUUGCAGAAGUGUGUGCAUGUGCUGGGCUGGGUUCUCUUCAGCUUACCUUUUAAAGUAGGGUGACAUUUAAGACUUCACUGCUAAACUAUGCUUUAUGAGGGCAAUACUAUGUGGAGAUUGAAUCAUAUAUUCUCAGAAUUCGAAUGAGUAUUAUAAAGCAUAAAACUAUUGUAUUGCUAUGUGAUUUCUUUUUUCUACAAAAAUGUCAGAUACCAAAAAUACAAGGUGCAUUAUUGUAUUCAGUUUCAAAACUGUAGAAGCAAAUGUGACUCUUAAAGUUCAAUGAUGUUCCCUGAAUCAAACAAGAAUAUAGGAGAAAUACAUAGUGGAAUAAUUUUAGGUAAUAAAGAGACUGAAAUAUAGUGUUAACCAUCUAUGAGGAAUCUCUCCAGUGCCAUACAACUUCAAUCAAACCUCCUGGAAAAUAUUUCUUCUGUUAAUCACAAAAAAGUCUUUGAUGCUUCAUUUUUGAAAAAAGAUGGUUAAAAUUAAUGAUGUUGUUGUGUUUGUUUCCUUAAAUAGCAAAAUAACCGUUCUCACUGUGAAAAUAUAAUGCUAGAAUGAAGAGAGAACAUCUCUAUUACGCUGGAUAAGUAGUGACUAGGAAUUUCAAGUAUUUCUCUGACACCUGGCAUGCCAUACAUCCCAGUUGGGUGCUAGAGUGAUUAGAUGGAGGUGGUAGUUUGGGAAGGUUAAGAAGAAAAAGAAGAAUGAAGGAGUGAAAAGAAGGAGGGAAAGUGAAUGAGAGAAUAUGGAGGAAAUUUCAAGAAAUAACCUAUUUGCUAAUCAUCACCAUUACAUGUUAAACAUUUUGGGUAAGUCAGUUACAUUGAAGUGGCUUAUGGUAGACAUGGAUAUGAGGCAAUAAAUCAACUGAAGAAGUCCCUGUGUGCCAUUAGUGAUAUUAGGUGAUUAUUUCUACCUUACUGCUUAAAUUCCAUUUUG